AUGGUCCUUCACAACCCCAACAACUGGCACUGGGUCAACAAGGAUGCCUCUGGCUGGGCCAAGGAGUACUUGGAAAAGAACCUUGUCGGCCUCAGUGUUGAAGAAGGGGGCGUGUCAGCCAAAGUAGCCAAGGUGUUGUCCAUGGAUGGCGACGUAGAUGUCAGCCAGCGCAAGGGCAAGGUCAUCACUCUGUUCGAUGUCAAGGUCUCGCUAGAAUACUCAGGUAAGACCAAGGACGAUGAGGAUGUCACCGGCACCAUCAAAAUUCCCGAGGUAGCCCACGACACCGAGGAAGAUGAGUACGUCUUCGAGAUUGAAAACCACGCCGACUCCAACUCCAAGCAGCCCGUAAAGGAUCUGGUGCGCACAAAGCUCGUCGCCGAACUCCGCAAGACCCUCUCCGGCCUCACCCCUGCCCUGAUCGCCGAGCACGGCAAGGACCUCCAGCACGCCCCAGGCGUCAACCCAUCUAUCGGCUUCCCCAAGGCCACCGUCCACCCGCAAACCAAGGCCGACACCCCAGCCGCGCAGGCCACCACUACUACCUCGAAGACUGGUAAGGUCGCCGUCAACACAACCACCGUGACGGCUUCGGACGAGUUCCGCACCACAGCCGGCGAGCUCUACAACACCUUCACGGACCCGCAGCGCAUCUCCGCGUUCACGCGCGGCGCGCCGCGCCAGUUCGAGGGCGCUAAGGUCGGCGGCAAGUUCGCUAUCUUCGACGGAAACGUGACUGGAGAGUUCGUCACCCUCAACGAGCCCAAGCAGAUUGUCCAGAAGUGGCGUCUUGCCCAGUGGCCUGAGGGUCACUUCAGUUCGCAGGAGAUCAACUUCGAUCAGAAUGAUAUCGAUGGUGUUACUCAGAUGCGUGUUUCUUGGUCUGGCGUUCCUGUUGGUCAGGAGGAUGUCACCAAGCAGAACUGGGACAUGUACUAUGUUCGCAGCAUUAAGCAGACUUUCGGCCCCAGGGUCUUCGAGCAUAUCGGAGGUUUUAAAAUGAUCGCCUCGAGAUUAAGUCCUGCUAUUGACGGGGGUCUCUUUGGGAAGAACAUCUCAGGACAUCUUUCCAACAUCCCUGAUACCGAGAUGGAUGGGGCGCUUUCUGCCUCUUCCUAA